AUGCGCCUGAGGGCGGGCGACGACGGCUACCAGAGGCUCUUGUCCACAUCCUACACAAUAUUCCCAGAGAGGCCCGACCCCGCGGAGGCGGCCCGAGGCCGGGCGCCCCGGGCCGACCCGGAGAGCGCCCUGCCGCCGGCGCCCGACCGGAUACCAGUAGAGGAGCUCCCAGCGCUUCCAGCCCGAGAUGCGGGCUACUACACAGAGCCGUGCUGUGGGAUUUGUAUCGUCCUGGUGCUGAGCAUAUUGUUCAGCCUGGUCGUGACUUCUGUCCGCUCCGCCGUCGUCGAUGACGAGAGAGCUAGCAGCGACGAGAAGUACAUCGCCAACGUUUGCGUGAUGGCCGUCUUCGCCGAGGCCAGCACAGCUGUACUCAUGUUGCUGUACCUGUUGUUUGCCAGCUCCGGUGUGAUCAGGCGAUCGCCAAAAACCUGCUACCCAAUCCCUCCCACAGUGGAGGACCUGCUACGCAGAGGGGAGAGCCUCGAGGCCCUGCAGUCACAUGGCGAGGGAGGAAACAUCAAGGGCGAGGCCCUCAAAAAAGACCGACCAGAUAUGCCAGACGGGUCGUACUGUGUGCGCUGCUUGGUCUGGAGACCAAAUGCUGCCGACGUCCACCAUUGCAGAACGUGCGGACGGUGCGUCGUAGGCUUCGACCACCACUGCGGCGUCCUCGGGCGCUGCAUCGUGCGGCGUAACAUGCCGUGUUUUUCAACCCUGGUGGUCAUGCUAUUCGCCGGUCCGGUAACCGCGAUGGUGGCGAUGCAGGUUAGCUCGCCCGGCAUAGAAUGA